AUGACCUCUGAAUCCCGGCGGCGCUCAGACACUCAUCGUGGCCCUGUUGGUCGUACCAGCUCCACAUACGUUCGCAAACGAGCCAUCAAAGCAUGCCAGGUCUGUCGCGCACGGAGGACAAGAUGUGAUCAGCAGCGACCUGCUUGCUCAUUCUGCGUCAAAGCUGGCGUGGAGUGCGUUUUCGAUCUAGAUGAAAGGGCAACUUUUGAUCAAGCAAGUCUUGCCAUCAUAGAUCGACUCGACCGAUUGGAGCGGAAGAUAGAUGCACAGUCACAGUCUGUCAUGCCAGAUAUUGGUAAACUUGGCCAGACAUUACCCCGAAAUCAGGUUAAUCAGAAUAUUUCCUCCCUUUUCCCUUGUACAGUAGACAAGGUCCUGCAAUGGAAUCUCUUCCGCGACGCCCCCUCUCCAGCCCUUACAGCCAACACACAACAAUCCCUUGCAUCACAGCCACAAUGCAAUACAGAGACCUCAUGGGUCGGCGACAUCCUCGACCGGAAAUCAUGCGACCGAUGGCUCGACAACUUCUUUGCCCACAUACACGUCAAGAAUCCGAUUCUGGAUGAGACGGAAACACGAAGACUGGUCUCGAGAUUGUGCGCAAAGGGACUUGACUGGGACGUGGAGUCGGGUCUGGCUCUUCUGGUCUGCGCCAAUGGAGCUGUUGCUUGUCCCUUGCAAGAAUCUCUCCCUUUGUCGCAUGCAGACAGACGCAUGGCAAUUUCCUUGCUCAGCGCAGCGCAGAGAAGACUCGGUGGGGGGUUGGGUCCCACGGGGCUGAUACAGGCUCAGUGCGCCUUUCUAUCAGGAGUUCUCCUCAUGUCGCUGAUGCGUCCCGUCGAGGCUUGGACGACCUUUGUCCAUGGUCUGGCUAUUUGCCAAACAUUUGCUUACACCCAACAGCGUGAUCGCGAUAUGGGACAGAUAAGUUCUCGGGAGGCCUCGGAGCAGAGUGUUCUGUGGUCAUGCUGGAAGUCUGAGCAAGAGCUCAGGUUAGAACUGGGAAUGUCCAGCUUUACUUGUCUGGUUGAUGACCCGCCUGAAUUAUUUCCCAGUCCCCCUGGAGAAUGUGAAGGCCAUGUUGAGCAAGCGUGGUACUUUUACCUCUCCGAGAUAGCGCUCUGGAGACUCGAGGUGAACGCUCGGCGGUCCAUGACUCAGAUUCAGCAUGAGGACUGGCCGUCGGUCUCGAAAGCUCUGAGUGAGAUUGGCCAAGAUGCAUCAGACCAGCUUGAAGCGUGGAAGACAUCGCUACCGCCGCCAGUCAGCAUCCAUCAAGGUGCCGAGGACGAUGUCAUUCGAUUUGUUCUGCGUGGUCGUAUAACGUAUAUCCAUGAGCUCGUUUCUUGGGCUUUUGUUCAUGUGGCUCUGAAUCGAGUCGCUGAUCAUGAUUUUGCCGAACAAGAAACUGCGACUGCUCUUGCUUUCCACUAUGAUAGGCUUCUCGUCAACGCACCAGGUUACUAUCAUCGUCACCACGGGACUUGGCUCAUGUUGCGAACCUCGGCAAGAAGCGCGUGCGUCUUGCUCGGUUUUGCCCGCAUGUACCCUGGUUCAAAUCUCUUACCUUCAGGUUGGAAGGAUGCUGUUUUAGGAACCCUGAAGAUGGUUGAGUACUGGAGCAAUGAAGCUGAAGGAAUGCUUUCGGUGUUACAAACCAUGACAUGGCUGUUCGAAGUUGUCCAAUAA